GGAACCAGGAGAUGGGAAUGGAUCCUGUACUGCCCACUCUCAACCAGACUGUGCUCCUCCCUGGACCUGGGCCUUUCAUCCUUCUGGGGGUGCCGGGCCUGGAGGCCUUGCAUGCUUGGCUUUCAGUGCCUGUGUGCCUGCUGUACAUGGCUGCUGUGGCAGGGAAUGGCCUUCUCCUGGGGCUGGUGGCAGCUGACAGGACACUGCGGGCACCCAUGUACCAGCUGCUGGGGCUUCUGGCUGCCGCUGACCUGGUUCUGGCCACGUCCACAGUACCCAAGGCUCUGGCUGUGCUCUGGGGCCUGUCGGGUGAGAUCUCCUUUGCCGCCUGCCUAACCCAGCUCUUUGUGACCCAUGUGACCUUCAUUGCCGAGUCUUCAGUGCUCCUGGCCAUGGCUGUGGACCGAUAUGUGGCCAUUUGUCAGCCUCUGCGCUACGGGGCACUGCUGACCCAGCGUGUGGUGGGCAUAGUGGCUGCAGCUGCAGUGACCCGUGGUACCUGUGUCAUGGUCCCCUCUGUGGCCCUGCUCCAAAGACUGCCUUACUGUGGACAGCGGGAGCUCCCCCACACCUACUGUGAACACAUGGGUGUGGCUCGGCUGGCAUGUGGCGACACGCGCCCCAACAUUUGGUAUGGCUUGGCCACCACACUGCUCUCCCCAGCCCUAGACGUAGGGCUCAUCGCUGCUUCCUAUGCACUCAUUCUGCGUGCCGUGUGUCGCCUGCCAUCCCAUGGGGCCCGCUGCAAAGCUUUAGGGACCUGUGGAGCACACGCCAGCGUCAUCACUCUCUUCUACACGCCCGCCCUCUUCUCUUUCCUGGCUCACCGUUUCGGCCGCCACACGGUGCCCCGCCAUAUCCACAUCCUCCUGGCUAACCUCUAUGUGGUGGUGCCCCCAGCCCUUAACCCUGUGGUCUAUGGAGUACGGACCCAGCAGAUCGCUCAGAGGCUCAGGCAUUUGCUUCGGCUCUGCUGGGCAAGGGCAGUAAGGGAUGUGGGCCCUGAGAUGGCCUCCCAUGGCAGGGACUGAGCACCUGUUUGCUGAGGCAUGUGCCCUCCCAUGGCCAAAGGGUGCCAGCUGCCUCAGAGCAGAGCUCUA